AUGCAACAUGGAGAGGAAAUUGUUCAUCCCCGAGACCAUCACAACGGCACAACUACUUUGAUCAAUAAUAACAACAGAAAUAACAUGAAUGCACCUACGAAUUAUACGGAUGAGAACACUCGGAUUAUUCAUCACGAUGAAAAUUAUCAUCCAGUACUGGAUAAGGUCGAGGAAUCUGAUCAUGAAGGCUCGCAUGCAUCGGAAAAAAGUUGGACAGGCGAAGAUGAUGAAUUGUUUGAUCAGUUAAUCUUGGAUUUGUCCAAUUCGCUCCAAGAAAACCAUGAUGUCAAUGGUGAGGAUGGAUUUGAACAUACUUCUGUUAAAAAGCUGAGAGAAACAUUAAAUCAACAAUUUAUUGCUGAAUUAAAAGGAACUGAAAAUCCUGCUUCAGAAGUGAAAACUGAGGAAAUAGAUGAUGAAAAUAUUACAGAGCAUGGGAGUGUACAAUUUAAAAAUUCUACGACUCAAGAUGACAAGUUAACAUACCAAGACAAUAUAGAACAACAAUCAACACGAGAGAGUGCUGAAUCUAAUGCUCCUAAAGAAUCAUUUAGAGAAUGGUUAGAAAUGAAUCGAAAGGUCAUUGAUUUAGAAAGAGAAUGCGAGUCAUUAGAAAUUUUGGAAUUAUUUGUUCAACAUAAGGAACGAGAGUUUUUGAAAAAAAUAAUUUCUCACUCAAACCAAGACUCUACGAUUGUUGACAAGUUAUUCUUCAGAGACGCUAAAAGAAAACCAACAUCUAAAGAAUGUGUAAACCAUUCUAAAAAUGAUAUUAAUGAUGAUGCAAAUUCUUGCAAAAAAGAACUACAGAAAAAUCAAAACUACAGAAUCAAAGCUAAAUCUGAAACUUUUACAAAAUAUGUUCUUAUUUCGGCCGCAAAUUAUUUUUUACCAAUCUCUUCAAUUCAUAAGAAUGCCAAAAACGAAAUGAUUUCCUCACUAUCGAAUGAAUCACAUCUAAUAACAGGAGACACCUCAUCAUCAGACGAGGAGGACAAUAUACGAAAAAUACCUAAGCAUACCCAAAAACGUUCCAUUAUAACCUUUAACACAACAUCGUCAACCAGUGCUCCCACUGUUCAGCGUACAACCAAUGUUAAUGUCUAUCCAACAAACCAAUUUCUUGAUAAGUACCAUGAAGGAGUUGAUUAUUAUGACACUUUUAAAGAUGUGAUUGUGGGAGGUGACUUGGAAAAUGGAGGGCCCGUUAAAGCUGUCGCUCUCAUCUCUGAACAAAAUCUCCAAAAGAGAGUUGAAACUUUGUUUGGGAUAGACAUGUCAGAAGAGAGUUGGAUUCACUUCAAAAAUUAUAUUCGAAAACUUGUAUUGGAUCACAACAAUGAGGAUAUUAUCACAACUAGCGGAAAAAACAUAACACACCUAACCGAAAAAGAAACUGAAUAUUUGAAGACGAUAUAUCCUCUCAACAAUUCGGACCACUCGACUCAAGAAGCAAUUAAAUGGAAUAAGCCUCCUGAGGACUCAAGUAAUAGGCGAAAAAACACAAACAAUUCUUCAAGAAUAAGGUCAUAUAUCGCAAAUAUAAGAGCUCUCAAAUUACUUUAUGGAGUAUCUGGUUAUGGCGAGAGCUUACUAUCUGACUCUUUUCCUCCACUUUACUCUCCAGAAAAUUUUUCGAUUAUUUUCUCAACAAAUUCCACAGAUGAAGAAAAAAAGACAGCCAUUGAAAAUGAAAUAAGAAAUCUUGAAAUUAGACAGGUGAACUCUUCUUCUAAGGAAGAAUUUGAAUGGAUACAAGGUAUCAUCAAAAAAUUGAGAGAGAAAUACGCAAAUAUUGCUUCAAAUAUUUUGUCAAAGCCUUUAGAACUUUCUGAAGAGCACUGGAAAGAGCUUGAUGAAUUAGUUGACGAGAUGGAUCGAAAAAUUCAAAUAUUUAACACAAAAUAUGAAGAGUCAUCUAUUAUCGAAAUACCUAGUGACCAAUUUUCCAAGCCAAAGAUCGAUAUCAAAGAAGAUACAAUUUCAACUGUUGUUCCUUUAGAAAAUACCUACACAAAUCAAACGACGAGCCCUACCUCAUGGAAAACACCUCUUUCAACCUCCAAUGCACUCUCUGUCGAUAGCAGAGAUCUCGCCAAAGCAGAGAUGGAAGAAAUUAGAAGUCUUAUCGCCGAGAAAGGUUUUUCCAUUGAAAUGCCUUCACAAAGCACCGAGAGUAUGUCCUUUAAAAAAAUCGAACAACUUACAAAGAGAGACACUGAAUGGCGCAAUAUUGACGAUUUCACUACACUUCCAUUCACGAAUGAACAACAUGUUUUUGGUUCCAAAAUUUACCCUAUCAAAGAGAUGGCACAGAUGCUUAACAAGUUUAAGAAUGGAGUUUAUAAUAGUGUAAAGGGCUUCAAAAUUUUUGGGGUGUCACCGAGUGAUAGUUCAAACAAGUAUGACUGGGACGUUGGAACGAGAUUGAAUGCUGAUAGAAAAGCCCUAGUUUCUCCCUAUGGAAUUAAUUUGGAAGCAUUCUAUAAUUUUAUUUUCCAAAAAACACACCUCUCCACAAAACAUGCAUUAACAGAAACCAAGAAAAUUGCCAGUUUUUUCUUUACUGAUCCUCUGAAUGUUGACGAAGAAAAACAACAAUCACUGAGCAAACUCGGAUUAAAAAUUAGGAACAUGUAUCAUGCUGUCAUGAAGUCAGAUUCCUCCAUUGGAAACAUGAUUUUGAAUGCUAUGAAUCACUCGAGGCUGCGAUCAUACUACAUGUCAGAUAGCGAAAAAAAGAAGUGGAUAGAGAAUGCCGAUAAAGUGCAAUCAGAAAAUGAACAAAUGAACAAAUUAGUACAAGAGGGCAUCCAAAAGGAAGUUCAACAGUCGUACGAUACCGGAUCUACGUAUUAUUUACAAAAUACGUUCCAAAUUGAUAACAAAAUUUGGGAGCCUGUGGACUUAGUGCAUUUUGCUGUUGGAACUGAUGUUUUUAAGAUUGUAGAGACUCUGAAACGUGAUGCCAUGCAAGAGGCGUUUCAACAGUUGAAAAAUUUAGGAAUCAACAUUCCUCACAACUGUACUGUGGAGGAUUUUAUUUCUCUUCGAACAUCGAAUACAGCAACUGACGCUCAGAAUAGCUUUCUUCUUCCAAGAAUUCAUGAAAUUAUCCAAGAGCGAUUUGAUAAGCUGUCACUACUGCACUUGGAAAGCUCAGUAUUACAAAUUGAAUCAGAUCUCUCCUCUAAAAGUCUUUCUGGAUUGGAGCCAACAGACAGCGAAAAAAAGAAUCUUACGCUUCUCAAAGAAAAAUUAGAAAUAGAAAGAGAACGACUGAAAAACAUUCCUGAUACAGCAUCUACCAUAACUCCUUUGGAACAAGCUCGAUUGGAAAAAUUAGGUAUUUAUCAACAAUCACUUAAAGCAAUUACUGUGAAAUCUACCAAAGAGCAGCUGGAUCGUGAGAAAGAAUUACUGUUAGAACGAGAAUUUAGAAUAUUAGACCAAUUAUUGGACCAAAUGAACAGAGAACAGAGAAGAGAAUUGCUUUCUAUUCGAUCCAAAGAUAACAGUGCACUUGCAUCGCUUCAAAAACAUCAAGAGGCAAUCAAAAAUUAUGCAAGAUUACGAUCUUAUUACAAUCAAAUUGCAAGAAAGGACUCCACAUUAAGAGAGUGGCAAUCAUUGACACUCAAAGAAAAGGUAGCUUUUGAAAAAGAGUUUAAAAAACAAGCAAAAGGAGAAUACGAAGAUAUCGUACAAUCGGUCACAAGAAUGAUGCAGAGUAGUCAGUUUGCUGAGACUUUUUCUUUUGUUGCAUCAGGAUUAGCGAAAAUGAUUGCAGAUAAGAAGAAACAAAACACAGAGUUGGAGAAGGUUCUACUCGCAUCGUUAGACAACGAAAGGCAAAUUCUUGAAAGCUUUACAAAAGACUUUAUCAAAAAGAAUGGAAUCGAUCAAAGAUAUCGAGCAAAGCAAUUGGCCAAGUUUAGAAAACUCGAUCCAUCAGAAAAGAGAUUAAGGGAAGUGUACAAUUAUGAUAAUUAUGACUCCUCCAUAGUGUCACAACCCUUAUCGAAUAGCCCAACUCAAAACACUCCGAAAACAAAAGUCGGAGAAUCUUCUCAAACCAUACAUGAACUCAAACUUGUUGAAGAAUUAAUCUCCAACGAGUUCACACAAGAAGAAGUUCAAUCUUUGGUUUCACAUCACAACGAGAUACAACACAGUACGAAAAGAGAACGAAUUAAUUUAUUAAGCAAGUUUUCCUCCAAAUCUACAGACAACCUUCUCGUUAUUCAAGACACGGAACAAGAUCCAAUCUUUAGCAUUCUCAACAUGAAGCCAUCCGAGUAUUUGACAUUGGCACAACAAGAACUCUACAGAAAAUUAUUUCAUACUCAAUUUUCAUCACGUCUCACACAGUGGAGAAGCAAUACUGAAAAAUCGAUUGAACUCUCCGUCUCUCCUCACUUUUUGAAGAGUGACCAUCCUCUCGCGGUCAAAAACUCGAUCAUCAAUGACUAUGAUGGCUUUGUGUCCAAGUCACUUCCUUACUCCAUGAAUGACAAGAAUGAACAGUUAGCAUCACCACUCUUUUCAUCGACUAGCACUACGAUCAACCUUCAGGAACCAAUCUUUCCAGAAAUCAAAUGGAAUGGAAGUUACAAAGAUUUACAACUUGUCUACCUUAAACUCCAACUCGAGCGGUCGCAUCGUCCGCACUACACACGAUCCAUUCUCGAAUUUCACAAUGCCAAUACACCUGAACGAUUUCUUCAACGAUCGUUCUGGAAAGGUGUUUGGAUGUUACCUGAAUCAUUGUCCAACUUUAUUCACACCUCUCAACCACAUCCCAUUCUCAAAUUACUUCCUCCUCCUCCACCCAAAAAAGUCGAAAAGAAACCUCCUCCUCAAAUCAAACCCUCAGAGCCGCCACCUGUCAUUACGCCAAUCAUUCCAACACUACCAGUGCCAACCAUUCAAACUCCACCACCUCCUGUGACACCAACUAUGAUUCCACCACAAAUGCCAUCCAUUCCUCGAAUGGUAGUUCCAGUGCAACGAGUGCCACCACCUCCUCCAACACCACCUCUCAUUCAACCACCCACACAACCUUCAGUCAUUCCACAGAGACAAGCAGUGACAGUGUCUCAAAAUCCAAUUUAUCCUAGAUAUUUAUUGAAUGACUUGAAUCGAAGACUGUUCCAGUGA